AUGGAUAACAAGCAGCAGUACCCUCCUCCCCCGCAGCAAAACGGCGGCGGUGCCAAUGGACACUACCAGGCGAGCGAUGGCCAGUGGUAUCCCACCUCAGCCAUGCCCGGUGCUAGUACAGCCCCGCCUCCUCCGGCCAUGGAUGGACAUGCGAACAGCUUCUACGGGAACCAGUCGCAGAUGCAGCAGCAGCAGCAGUACGGCCAGCAGCAGCCGAAUGGGCAGCCGCAGGUGGUCUACGUCGAACAGCAGAGGGACCAGGAUAAAGGAGGUGGUGGAGGACUGUGUGCUGGGCUCUUCGCCGGUCUCGCCUGCUGCUGCUGCCUCGACUGCCUGUUCUGA